AUGGAGCAUGAUAGUCAAAGGAGAUCAAAACAAACUAAAAUGAAACAAUUUCAGACGGCUUCUGGCUAUAACUUUGAAGCAAGUUUGACAAAUUCAAAUGACUCAAGUGUAGCCGCAUCAUGGUUAAAAGUGCCUCUAACUGAAUUUGAUUGCCUCAAUAGACUUUCAUCAGACGCUUCUCUUAUGACAUCAGAUGGUUCAAUCGAAGAUUCUAUUCCUGCUAAGAAUUUUCAAGACUUUUCUAGCUCUUUUGUCUCCCAGUCUAAUCCAGGAGACGGUGAAAGUAAAUUCCUACUGGAGCUAGCUUUAGAUCAUUUUUUCAACGUAUUCAAUAGUGAGAUUUGA